UCAGAUUCGCAUUGUCGAGUUUGGCGGGGUUGGACUGAGUUAUUCAUUUUCAUUUCAUAGUUUAUUAUUUCACUCGGUGUGCAAUUUUAGCCUCGCUCGCUCGCCGAGUACGUUUUUGUAAACUUAUAUUUUUACUAUGGAUGAAAUGGAUCGCGUUACUGUAAUUGCCCCUGUUAACAUUGCCGUUAUAAAAUACUGGGGUAAACGUGAUGAGAAACUAAUUUUACCGAUUAAUGAUUCUGUGAGUGCUACUUUAGACACAAGUAUUAUGUGUGCAAAAACAUCAGUGUGUUUCCGACAGGAAUUUACCGAGAAUGAAAUUUGGCUGAACGGAGUUAAGACAUCGUUCUCCAAUCCACGUCUUGUGAAUGUCUUGGACAAAAUUAAAAAGAUAGCUACCGCUCAAAGAAGUGUCGAUGACGCUGUUCUUUCUUGGAAAGUUCGUGUUUGUUCGGAAAAUAAUUUUCCUACUGCGGCUGGAUUGGCGUCGUCGGCAGCGGGUUAUGCUUGCUUGGUAACGGCUCUCGCUAAGCUUUACAAAAUAAAUACAGACGUCAGUGUUUUGGCAAGAAUCGGAUCAGGAAGUGCUUGUAGAAGCGUAUUCGGUGGUUUUGUGCGUUGGCAUGCUGGUGUUAAUGCAGAUGGCAGUGACUCUAUAGCGACACAGAUUGCAGACUCUACACACUGGCCAGAAAUGAAGGCUUUGAUACUUGUUGUAUCAGAUAUUAAAAAGCAUACAAGUUCAACAAUUGGUAUGAUGAAUAGUGUGAAUACAUCAGAUUUAUUAAAGUAUCGAGCUAAAUAUACUGUCCCAAGAAGAACUGAAGAGAUAAGUGAAGCAAUUUUGAAGAAAGAUUUUGCUAAGUUUGCCGAGUUGACUAUGAAAGAUAGUAACCAAUUCCAUGCAGUCUGUCUCGAUACUUACCCACCUUGUGUUUAUAUGACAGAUGUCUCACACAAGGUUGUUGAAAUAAUUCAUGCUUACAAUGAUAUGUGUGGAGAAUUGAAAGUGGCUUAUACAUUUGAUGCUGGUCCAAAUGCAUGCUUAUAUCUUCUAGAUAAAGAAGUUCCUACUGUUUUAAAACUCAUUAAAUACUUGUUCCCUACGUCUAAUCAUGAUUUUGUUAUAGGACUAGGUGAUGUAGAUGGUGGUGAUAGUAAAUUUUUAAAAUCAUUUCCUAUACAGCCACAAGCCAAGGAUAUAAUAAAAUAUGUCAUUCACACAAAAGUUGGCAAAGGACCAGAAGUUGUCACAUCACAUUUGUUAGACAAGAAAGGGAGUCCUUUAAAUUUAAAAUGAAUUUAUAGUUUUUCUAAGAUUUUUGUUACAUUAUAUUUAUUCCAAAGGGUUUUAGAUUUUACAAUGGUUUAAAGUUAUAUUUUAUACAAAUCAUUUAUAUAUGAAACUAUUGGUAUUUUAUGGUUAAAUUAAUUAACUUUGUCAUUUGGAAAUAUUAUAAUUUAAUUGCAUAAGCAAUAAUAAUUAUCCAUUUAUUUAUAUGACAAGAGUACUUGAAUCUGUUAUCUACACUUAUAAAGACAAUUCACUUGUGCCUGAUACUUGAUUAGAAGGUUUUCCAUACCUGAAACACUUGUAUAGAAAUAUAAACUUAACUAAGAUAAUAGUUAUUGUGGUAAUGUUAAAUAGUUACUGAAUUGAAGCAUUAUAAACAUUCCAUUUAACAAUUAAGAAAUAACAAAAAUGGCUAAAAAAUCUCCACUCUUAUUGAUCUGAAUUUAGAACUGAAAAUGGACAUUUAGUCACAAUAUUUAUUAUUGGGGUUGGUUACAGGGCUCUCUGUUUUAUGAUUAAGAUUGAAUAAAAAGAUACUGGACAAUUAGAAUAAGAAUAAGAAAAAUCACAAUUUUUAUUGUUACAUCUCUCUCUCUUUAAGUGCCUCUCCAUUAAUGGAGGUUGGCCGUCAUUGUUACAUAAUAAGGUUAUAAAGAUGUUUUUUUUUUUUAAAUUAUACAACAAUAUUCAUUUUCUUAUUUA